UAAAAUGGCUCCGAGACAACAGGGGGCGCUCUGUGCGAGUCUGUCUGCCAGUUCUACAGACAGCUAGCCUGCUAGCAAACAACAACAGAAGAUCCCGGACAACUAGCUAGCGUCAUAAUUUAACCCAACACAAAGGGGGCAACCUGCUUCCAUCUGGCAUGUACUGAUGCAGAUGGAUGUCAGAGGUGAAUAUUGACGUGUGGAAGUGACUUCUCCUCACCCUCUUGCCCCACCUUCUGUCACGCUGGCAAUGUCAAGAGUCCCGAGUCCCCCUCCCCCUGCGGAAAUGUCCAGCGGGCCCGUGGCCGAGAGCUGGUGUUACACACAGAUCAAAGUGGUGAAGUUCUCUUACAUGUGGACCAUCAACAACUUCAGCUUCUGUCGUGAGGAGAUGGGCGAGGUCAUCAAGAGCUCCACCUUCUCUUCUGGGGCCAAUGACAAGCUGAAAUGGUGUUUGCGAGUGAAUCCUAAGGGCCUGGAUGAGGAGAGCAAAGACUAUCUGUCUCUCUACCUGCUGCUGGUCAGCUGUCCGAAGGCCGAGGUGCGCGCCAAGUUCAAAUUCUCCAUCCUCAACGCCAAGGGAGAGGAGACCAAAGCCAUGGAAAGCCAGAGAGCAUAUCGCUUUGUCCAGGGCAAAGACUGGGGCUUUAAAAAGUUCAUCCGGAGAGACUUCCUCCUAGAUGAGGCCAACGGCCUUUUACCCGACGACAAGCUCACACUCUUCUGUGAGGUGAGUGUGGUACAGGACUCGGUCAACAUAUCUGGGCAGAACACCAUGAACAUGGUGAAGGUGCCUGACUGCCGGCUAGCAGAUGAGCUGGGGGGCCUGUGGGAGAACUCACGCUUCACAGACUGUUCCCUUUGUGUGGCUGGACAGGAGUUUCAGGCCCACAAAGCCAUCCUGGCAGCACGUUCCCCUGUAUUCAGCGCCAUGUUUGAGCACGAGAUGGAAGAGAGCAAAAAGAACCGUGUGGAGAUCAACGAUGUGGAGCCGGAGGUUUUCAAGGAGAUGAUGUGCUUCAUUUACACAGACAAGGCUCCCAACCUGGACAAGAUGGCCGAUGACUUGCUGGCAGCAGCUGACAAGUAUGCUCUGGAGAGACUGAAGGUAAUGUGCGAGGAUGCGCUGUGCACCAGUCUGUCUGUGGAAAAUGCAGCUGAGAUCCUCAUCCUGGCUGACCUGCACAGCGCCGACCAGCUCAAAACACAGGCCGUCGACUUCAUCAACUACCAUGCUGCAGAGGUGAUGGAGACAGCAGGUUGGAAGUCCAUGGUGGCAUCUCAUCCACACCUGGUGGCCGAAGCUUACCGCUCCCUGGCUUCAGCCCAGUGCCCUUUCCUCGGACCCCCACGCAAGCGCCUCAAACAAUCCUAACAGCAAAACGUCUACACUCGUGCAUACCCACACACAUGCAUAUACAUACAAAGACACACAGAUUUCCCCCUCACACAGGGACAACCUUCCCCCUUGCUGUUACUACACUACUUACAGCCUCCCCCGAAUCUCCUCCUUCUGCCCUAUCCAAACCUGCUGUAUUUAGUCUCUUCUAAAGAUGGAGGGAAGAAAAAGAGGAUGAGGAAGAGAGGGGCAGGUGGGCUAAUGAAGUGGAUGUUUGUUGUUUACAAAAAACACAACACCCCUCCCCUUUGCUCCUUGGCUCUGGGUUAGUGAGGUCUGACAUUGUGCUCUUUUCCGUGUGUGAAAGCUAAAUCCCUCGACAUCGUCGUAAGUUCCUACUUUGGAAUCCGUUCGGGAGGAAGGACUGAACACAACAACCCAAAAAGAGCCAGCUGUCUGGAAAUGUGGAGGAUAAAAGGACAAGUGCAGAUGAUAAAUGAAGUCUUUAACUGGCUAUUUCUUCAUAUGGCUUCUUUUUGCUCUGUUCUUAGUGUUUGGAGUAAAGCAGUCAGAGAAGCCCCCAAACUAAUGGACACAUGGGCCUGUGAGGGACUAAAGAAGAAGAAGUGGGCCUGUUAGUUAUAAACUAGAAGCCCCCGCACCCCUCCCCUCUGAGAAAGACAACCAAGGGCUAGUCAAAAAAGCAGAUAUGGGACAAACUCAUCAUUAAUUCUCCCAAAGAAAGUUGGGAAACUAAACUUGCACUAAAGUCACAGGUCACCCCUCUACAACCAGCAGUAAGGUAGAAAUACUGUAGGCAAGCACACAUUGAAGCAAGCUUCAUGGACUAAAGAUCCAGCUGGACCACCAAGAACAAGUACCCUUUAAGAAGAUUAAUCAGCAAGUGACAGAACACACAUACUCCCAUAUAGAACUCUGCUUCAUCUGCGUCUUUUAAAUAGCUGGGGAAAAAGUAUAGAGGGAUACAAAAAAUAGCAACGCACAACUGGAUGUCAUUCUCGGGGAAAUUGUAUUUUGUGUGUGUCUUGUAGCCCUUGAGAUAAAAAAAAAAGAAAUCCAAGGUGUCAAUGGACAAACCAACCAGGAGACAACAAAUGGAGGGGGGGGGGAUGUCGAGAAAUGGUUUCAAAAUGACGUUAAGAUUUAAUCAGGCAUGUUAAUGUUCUUUUAUGACAGAUUUCUUAUUUGUUUGUUUUUUUCCUCAGAACUGUCAUUUCUAUUUUUUUCAUAGGAAUUUGUACAGCCACUAGUGUUUUUGAAGCUGUGUAAACAAAGCAUUUUCAACCGUGAAAUUGAAAAGAAAAAGCGGACAGAUGUUUUCUUUGCAGGCGUGAAGACUGAGGUGAAAUUAAAUUGAAAUGAACACGUUUUAAUGUUCAGAAUAGACAGAAUGUGAAAGAAUUGCACACCAAGGCAAACCACAUGAAAUACAUUUGAAGUUAUCAUUUUAACCCGGGGGGAAAUGGUAAUUGAUAGAAGGAACCGUUGUUUCUUUCCUGUAGAUAUUGCUGGUUAUGAGAAGUGACACUUAGUUGUUGCCAUUUUUUUGUUCCCAAAAGAUUAAACCACAACUAUUUUGUAUUGAAUGCAA